GACCUUGUUCCUCGCUAGCUCUAGUUUUUCAUAUUCCAGGAUAUCCGACAUUGAUUUCACGAUUUCUUUUGAAUUCUUUAAUUGCAACAUCAUAACUAUGUUGUGUGGGUUAACAUGUGCAAGAGUAUUCUGCAAAUCAAAAAUAUUUCUGAAUCAUGGAGGAGUGGCAAAUAAAACCCUUGCUGUGGCUUUCCCAAGCAACAAUACAAGGAGAAACUUCUCUUCACUACCAUAUGGCAAUUACGAAAGUAUCAAAGUUGAUGCUGCUGCAGAUUAUGUAGCAAAAGUUCAACUCUCCAGACCCAAGAAAUAUAAUGCUAUGGACAAAACCAUGUGGCAUGAAAUACAAGAUGUGUUUUCAAAGCUCGACUCUGAUCCAGAAUGUCGAAGUGUGGUUUUGUGUGGGCAUGAAAAUUUUUUCACAUCAGGUAUUGAUUUGUCUGAGCUGGUAGAGAUGGGUCAAAUUACAAUGGGGGAUGGAGAUAUCGCCAGGAAGUGCUUUGCUCUCAAGAAAACAAUUGCUACCUUCCAAGACUCAUUCACAGCAAUGGAGAAGUGUCGGAAGCCAAUCGUGUGUGCUGUGAGCGGCCUGUGCGUUGGUGCUGGUGUUGAUAUGCUGGCUGCAACUGACAUCCGCUAUUGCUCUACCGGUGCCUGGUUCCAGGUUAAGGAAGUUGAAGUAGGCCUUGCAGCUGACGUGGGCACACUUCAGCGUUUACCAAAAAUCAUUGGCAGCCAGAGCUUGGUGUACGACCUGUGCUUGACAUGUCGAAAGCUGCCUGCCCAGGAGGCGCUCUCGUGCGGCCUGGUGUCGCGUCUGCUGCCCUGCCACGACACGCUCAUGGCCACCGCCAUCGCCACCGCCAAGAUCAUCGCCAGCCACAGCCCCGUUGCUGUUCAGGCCACCAAGCUCGGCCUGGUGCAUGCCAGGGAUCACACGGUCGAGGAGGGACUCAAGUUCAUGCAACUGCUGAACAUGGCGCUGCUGCAGAGCGAAGACUGCGCCACUGCUGCCAUGAGCCUCAUGAACAAAGAAAAAGAGAAGCCUACUUUUAAAAACUUCUAGACAGUACCGGUAUAUAUCAUGAUAGAAAGUUUUGCGCCUCACAGUAUAGAAGAUAUAUUUUCUUAGGAAUGCUCUACCUAUUUAAGUAAUCUUUUACCUUUAUUAUCUUUCUGAUUUGUCCGGUGUACUGUGGCUUAUAUUGAACAGAAAGUCGUUUUCGUUGUAGCCGUUUGUGGUAUUAUAACAGCUGAAUAUGUUUUCGUCACUAUGUUGACUAAAUACUCUAAUGAGGCAGUGUUAUCAUACAAAUGAAAACUAACAAUAUCUUGCUUGGUACUGCAGCCUUCUAGCCUUCUAUUCUAUUCGAAAUUCUAUUCUAUUAAUUCAAGAAUUAUUUCGAUGCUUAUUCUCCCUUUAUUUAUGUUGAUAUGUUUACCUUCGUUAAGUAUUAAAUCCACAAUUGUUACAGAGUGUUUGGGAAGUAAUAAGUCCUUUGAUGUUUCUGACCAUCUCUCCUGUAAUUGACAACAAGUACCAUGGAUUAUUUUCUGCUGGUAUUUACGGCGGUGCACACAACGUUGGCCGAAUGUCUUGUUAAAAAGCUCAGCUUGUGUAUUCUCUAGAGCCUGUUAUACAUAUUAAUUAUUCUAUCGUGGUUUCUUGUGUUCGUACUGUUAAACGAAAUGUUAAAAACUUUGAUUAAAACCUUUCGAAUAAUUGCAUUUUACGCCCGAAAUAUAUAUUUUUGUCUUUAUAA